AUGAUGAAAAAACUCGAUCAUGUGAACAAUAAUGAUGAGGAUUUCAGAAAGAGUGCAAUGCACGCCUAUUUCAAUAAUGAUUUCAAAAAUAGUAACUUCUAUAAAUACAUGGAAAACAUGCAAAAACUCAAUAUCUACAAGUUCAACGAAACUCAAAUGUUCAAGUAUUUCGAUAAUGAUUUUGAAAACACACGAUUUUUCAAAUAUUUGGAGAGUCUCAAAAACGUCGAAGAUUUGGAUGAUGAUUUCAACAAAACCCUCAAUGAUUAUUUUAACAGUGAAUUCAGAAAUAGUAAUUUUGUUAAAUAUUUGGAUGAAUUGAAAAAAGCUGACGAUUUGCUGGAUGAAGGUUUUACAAAAAGUGUAAUGUACAACUUUUUCAAUAAAGACUUUGACAAAUUAUCAGAACCGGAACUACAAACGACUAUAGAUAUGAAAAGUUAG